AUGAAUUCAAGUAAAGUUUUACAUGAUUUUUCCCACGAUUUUAUACAACUUCUGUUUUUAGAUUCAUGUAUACCAAAAUCUGGAAAAAAAGACAAAGUUGUGCUUGGAGUAUCAGAUCCAAAACUUGGCGCUAGUAUUAAUGAAGCGUUAGAUAUAAAAUGUGAUCAUGCUGGUGUCAUUCCAGAAAUUCUUAGAGGAAUAAAACUUCAUUUCCAUAAUUUAGUAAAACAUUUCACUGCUAAAAGUUCUGGAAUCGCUCAACUUGGACUUGGCCAUAGUUAUUCUAGAGCUCAAAUUAAAUUUAAUGUCAAUCGUGUGGAUAACAUGAUCAUACAAAGCAUAGCUCUAUUAGAUCAGUUGGACAAGGAUAUUAAUACAUUUUGUAUGCGAAUAAGAGAAUGGUACAGUUAUCAUUUUCCAGAGCUUGUAAAAAUAGUUCCUGAGAAUCAUAUGUAUGCCAAAGUUGCAAGAUUAAUAAAAAACAGAAAAGAAUUUACAGAUGAAAAAUUAGAAGCCCUAGAACAAAUUGUUAUGGACACUGCGAAAGCUCAAGCAAUUAUGGAUGCAUCCAAAUCAUCUAUGGGAAUGGAUAUCAGUCCUAUUGAUCUUCUUAAUAUUGAAAUGUUUGCAACUCGUGUUAGUUCUUUGGCUGAUCACAGGAAACGAUUAGCAGAAUAUUUAAGACUUAAAAUGACAGGAAUUGCGCCAAAUUUGGCUACAUUAAUAGGUGACCAAGUAGGAGCCAGAUUAAUAGCACAUGCUGGAUCUCUUACAAAUUUAGCGAAAUAUCCUGCUUCUACUGUACAAAUAUUAGGUGCAGAAAAAGCCUUAUUUAGAGCCUUGAAAACUAGAGGUAACACUCCAAAAUAUGGACUGCUGUUCCAUUCGUCGUUUAUUGCUCGGGCAGGUACAAGAAAUAAGGGUAGAAUUUCAAGAUAUCUUGCGAAUAAGUGUUCUGUAGCAUCAAGAAUUGACUGUUUUAUUGAUAAACCAACUAAUAUAUUUGGUGAAAAAUUACGACAACAAGUGGAAGAUAGAUUAAAAUUUUGUGAAACUGGAGAAGUACCUAAGAAAAAUAUUGUUGUAAUGAAAGAAGCUUUAGAAGAAGUGCAACUAACAGCGAAUGUGGAACAAGAAUCAUCCAAAAAGAAAAAGAAAAAAGAUAAAAAAAGGAAAAGAGAAAUUUUAGAAAAUGGAAACAAAAAUGAAUUUGUUGAGAAUAGAAUAGGAGAAGAGGCUGAAGAGUCAGUAAAGAAGAAAAGGAAGAAAUCAAAACACAUAAAUGAAAAUGAAUAAAAAAUGUAAAUAUUG